AAGGCCCCCAUACGAGGGUGUUUAAUCUUGUUUCUAUGUACUCUACAAAUUCUGUAGACCUGGUUGGCUCAAAUGAUGGCGAAUGAAGAAGAGUCAAUUGAGCAAGCUGCUGCAACACGUCAAGAGAGGCUUAAGGCUCUGAGAGCUGCUCAGGAACUUCUAAAUUCUAAAGACGAUGAUUCAGCUUCUCAAGCUGACGACAAUGGAAGCGAUGAAGAAGUUAAUACCAACAUGAAAUUUCGAAAUUAUGUCCCCCAUGAUAAGCAGCUUCAGGAGGGUAAGCUCGCUCCACCAGUGCUACCGAAGUUUGAAGACCCUGUUGCAGCAGAACCGCCAGUUUUAGAAAAGAAGGAGGAUCCAUUCAUCAACAUUGCUCCAAAGAAGCCAAACUGGGACCUGCGGAGGGAUGUGCAAAAGAAGCUUGAUAAGCUUGAAAGGCGCACCCAGAAGGCAAUAUACAAAAUUAUGCAAGAACAAGAGAAAGAAAAGCAGUUGGCUGAAGAUGAAGACGGAAAUGCGGUGGAAGAUUAGAAUUUGAAUCCAAGCAAGCGAAACAUCUGUUGGAAUAACCCUGAUGAUCAUUAACGAAUUAUUGAGAACUACAAUUUAUUGACCUAUCUAGAGGAACAACUUACAAUUACAGUAGUGAAUUGGUCAACAUAUAUAACUUUCUGAAAACACACACUUAUGUUUUGUAAUGAGAGAUGAUUGCUGUAUGCAGGCCUUAUGCCAGUACACAUUUUUGUCUGGAUUCUGACAGAUUGGAUGCAAUAUUAGAAUUUUUGUUGUUAAGUUCCA